AUGAGCGCUGUGUCGGAGAAGGGACCAACAGAGCUGGGCGCUGAUCCCCUCAACUUCAUCUACGCCUGCUCGGUGUGUUGCGCCUCCUUCGCCGAUGUCUACGAAGGCCACAACGAGACAGUCCGUGGCCUGUCAGAUGGCGACAGUGAGCCGCGCGAUCUCUUCUCGAUACGCGGCUUCAAGAAAGAUGAAUACGAUCCUAACAUUCCGCUCGCAUGGUUCACCGCGCCUCCCAUCCGCCUCGAUGGUAGCGGGAAAGAGAUGGAGGCAUUGCGCUUCCAGUAUAUUGCGCUUAUUCGAUACUGCCAGAACACAUAUGCGACCCGCAAGCCCCUUCAAGAAGCCUUGACCAAUAUGGAGAAGAAACUGGCUAGUGUGCAGGAUCUUGCCUCCAAGGAACACGCGAAAGUCGUUACACUCCAGCAAGAGAACGAGCGACUACGACUGCAGAAGGAUCAGUUUCAAGCCAUGAAAGCCGAGGUUCAGCGACUCCAGGGUCUCGAUGAAGAGGUUGCGCAUUUUCGCGAUGUCAACCCAAAGGACCUCGCAACAUUCCUGGCAAACAAGUCAGCAAUUCGCCAUUACUUGAAGCUUGUGCCUAUGCUAGUCGAGUAG